CCAGCACGUCGGCAGGAAACGACCGCCAGCAACACACUCGCCUACCUGCACCAACAUUAAAAUAUUAAUUGGCAACAUGCCUUCGUUUACUCCGACUCUCCCUUUGUUUGACUCCGUCCUGACUUUUCCCACCACCAAGAUAGUGGCAGUCCUUGGCAACACCAACGCAACAUCAAUUUGCGUGCAAAUAUAACCUGCGUUCAUGUUGAAUUUUAAUCUUGCUACUACAUGCACUUGCCCGCAUGCUUUAUUGGCUUACGUUGCCCUUGGCUGCCUCCGCGUUGUUCAACGGAUCUUACUGCCCAUCACGUCGUUCUCUGUGGGUCUCAUGAAUGUGCCAAUCCAGAGGCACGACAGCUGUUCACUCCACGCCUCAAGGACAACUAUUCUUUCCUCAUGGUCUUGGAGGGUGGCCUUUUUCAACUGUAUGGCGAGUCUGGGACUGAUGUGGGAGGAGAGGAGGAGCUCAUGGUAUUGCGCAAUGCACAUGAUGGCACCCUACGACAUGCUUUGUGUCAAAUCCUUUCUUCCGUACACUGUCACACCACUCCGUGCGAAUGCUUCCCGAUGGUGAUACAACCUCGCACUUUCACAAAGCCCUCAAAGUAGAUGCACGUGGAAGCAGCGCCCCAAUGUAUUGUCCUCGCCGUACAAAAAACACUAUGAAUCCAAACACGUACACAACGUCACAGCACAGAUGGUCCAAUGUAAAAUACUAUACAAUUGCUAAUAUUUCUCUUGCACUACCCCGCGGUAUCAUCACUCAGAGGAACUUAUUAGC